AAAUUGGAUCAAGAUCUCAAUGAAGUGAAAGCUCGUGUUGAAGAAUUGGACAGAAAAUAUUAUGAAGUCAAAAACAAAAAAGAUGAGCUACAAAGUGAAAGAAAUUAUUUGUGGAGAGAAGAGAAUGCAGAACAGCAAGCUCUUGCUGCAAAGAGAGAGGAUUUGGAAAAGAAACAACAACUUCUUAGAGCAGCAACAGGAAAGGCUAUUCUAAAUGGCAUUGAUAGCAUAAACAAGGUUCUGGAGCACUUUCGUCGUAAAGGCAUUAAUCAACACGUUUUGAAUGGCUAUCAUGGAAUAGUGAUGAAUAACUUUGAAUGUGAGCCUGCCUUCUACACCUGUGUUGAAGUUACUGCAGGAAAUAGGUUGUUUUAUCACAUUGUAGAUUCUGAUGAAGUUAGUACUAAAAUACUAAUGGAGUUCAAUAAAAUGAAUCUACCAGGGGAGGUGACUUUUCUUCCUCUGAACAAACUGGAUGUUAGAGACACUGCAUAUCCUGAAACAAAUGAUGCCAUUCCAAUGAUCAGUAAACUGAGGUACAAUCCAAGAUUUGAUAAAGCCUUUAAACAUGUUUUUGGAAAGACUCUUAUUUGUCGAAGUAUGGAAGUAUCUACACAGCUGGCCAGAGCUUUUACUAUGGAUUGUAUUACUUUGGAAGGUGAUCAAGUCAGUCACAGAGGGGCUUUAACUGGAGGUUAUUAUGAUACAAGAAAAUCUAGACUUGAACUCCAAAAAGAUGUUAGGAAAGCAGAAGAGGAACUUGGAGAACUUGAAGCAAAACUCAAUGAAAAUCUACGUAGAAACAUUGAAAGAAUUAAUAAUGAAAUUGAUCAACUGAUGAAUCAAAUGCAGCAGAUAGAAACACAGCAAAGAAAAUUCAAGGCUUCCAGAGACAGCAUUUUGUCAGAGAUGAAGAUGCUGAAAGAGAAGAGACAGCAGUCAGAAAAAACAUUUAUGCCUAAGCAACGCAGUUUACAAAGUUUAGAGGCAAGUUUACAUGCUAUGGAAUCAACCCGAGAAUCAUUAAAAGCAGAACUGGGAACAGAUCUGUUGUCUCAACUUAGCUUAGAGGACCAAAAACGAGUUGAUGCACUUAAUGAUGAAAUCCGACAGCUACAGCAAGAAAACAGACAGCUUUUGAAUGAGAGGAUCAAGCUGGAAGGCAUCAUCACUAGAGUUGAAACCUACCUCAAUGAAAAUUUAAGGAAACGUUUAGACCAAGUGGAGCAGGAGCUCAACGAACUGAGAGAGACAGAAGGUGGCACUGUUCUUACAGCCACAACAUCUGAACUUGAGGCAAUCAACAAACGAGUAAAGGAUACAUUGGCACGAUCAGAUGACCUGGACAAUUCAACUGAUAAAACAGAAGCUGGGAUAAAAGAACUUCAGAAGAGCAUGGAACGUUGGAAGAAUAUGGAGAAAGAACACAUGGAUGCUAUUAAUCAUGACACAAAAGAACUUGAAAAGAUGACAAACAGGCAAGGUAUGCUUCUGAAGAAAAAAGAAGAAUGUAUGAAGAAAAUCAGAGAACUGGGCUCUCUUCCCCAAGAAGCAUUUGAAAAAUACCAGACUUUGAGCCUAAAGCAGCUCUUUCGCAAACUGGAACAGUGCAACACAGAAUUGAAAAAAUAUAGCCACGUUAAUAAAAAAGCCCUCGAUCAAUUUGUGAACUUUUCAGAACAGAAAGAAAAGUUGAUAAAACGUCAGGAAGAGUUAGAUAGGGGCUACAAAUCCAUCAUGGAAUUGAUGAAUGUCCUUGAACUCAGAAAAUAUGAAGCUAUCCAGCUGACUUUCAAACAGGUGUCAAAGAACUUCAGUGAAGUGUUUCAGAAGCUGGUACCUGGGGGCAAAGCAACACUUGUGAUGAAGAAAGGUGAUGUGGAAGGCAGUCAGUCUCAAGAUGAAGGUGAAGGCAGUGCUGAGAGUGAAAAGGGAUCAGGAUCUCAAAGCAGUGUUCCAUCCGUAGAUCAGUUCACUGGAGUUGGAAUUAGGGUGUCCUUUACUGGGAAACAAGGUGAAAUGAGAGAAAUGCAGCAGCUUUCUGGUGGACAGAAAUCCUUAGUGGCUCUUGCCUUGAUUUUUGCAAUCCAGAAAUGUGAUCCUGCUCCAUUUUACCUCUUUGAUGAAAUUGAUCAAGCCCUGGAUGCCCAGCAUAGGAAGGCUGUUUCAGAUAUGAUCAUGGAAUUAGCAGAACACGCUCAAUUCAUCACCACAACAUUCAGACCCGAACUGCUUGAAUCUGCUGAUAAGUUCUAUGGUGUAAAAUUCAGAAAUAAGGUAAGCCACAUUGAUGUGAUCACUGCAGAGAUGGCCAAAGAUUUUGUGGAAGAUGAUACUACUCAUGGCUAGGUGGACAACUGCCAAUCUGUUAAGAAAAUGUAAUAUUUUAACCAACAUUGAGCAAUUGUAUAAAUCUAAAUAUGCAGUCACUGUUCAACAGCUUUUAAUAUACCUAUUAGACCAUUUCAUAAUAAUUUCUUUGGUGUUCUCUGUAUGUACAUGUGUUGUUGUAUUCGUUUAUAAAGUAUCUGUUUUAUAUAUGUAGCUUGAAAAUAUAUUCUCUGCAGAUUUUUUGUAAACUGUUUUUCUUGUUUAAAUAUGUCUAUUGCCAACUUCAGUUCUUGCUUUCUAGUGGUGCUCUGUUAUAUUGCCUCACAUGAUUUUUUUUAAAAAAAAACCAGCUUCAAUAAAAUAAUUGUUUUUAAUGCUA